AUGCAAUCCUUUCUCCAGUCAAGACGCAUCGGUCUCGCAGUGCAAGCUCAAAUUGAGCGAGACCGCGAGAGAGCAGCACUGAUAACACAUAACAGUGGCGUGCGAGAACAUGGCGCUCAGGUCUCCAAUGGACAGCAAGCUGCUGAUCCGGAAUUCUCAGAGAAGAUAGAGUCGCCUGAAGCACCGCCAGAGAGUCAAGUACGGGAUGAUAUCGACAUCGAGCUUCAGCGCCAGGUAACGUCCUCGACAUCGGCCAGCGAUGACUCAUCAGAGUCGUACACCGCAGCCCACCGCGUCCAGACCGCGGCGACGCAGUACACGGCACGCGCCGCCCUCGGCCAUUCACUGACCGGUGUUCUGGCACGGGACCGGCGGACACACGAAGGCAAAGGCGAGAAGGUUUUCGUCGUCGGCUGGGAAGGACCUGACGACCCCCUGAACCCACGCAACUGGAGCAUUGCCAAGCGGGCGGGCUGUACCCUUCAGAUCUCACUCAUCGCAGCAGCUGUCGGUUGCGCGUCUGGCAUCGAUGCCACGAUCCUGCCGCAGGCGGCUGCUGAUUUGGGUGUGAGUGACGUAGCGGAAUCUCUAGAUACAGGGAUGUAUCUACUCGGUCAGGGCCUCGGGUCCCUGGUAGCGGGCCCCUUUUCGGAGACCUUUGGACGAAACUAUGUUUAUGCUGCUUCUAUGGUGGUCUUCAUGCUAUGGAUCAUGGCCUGCGGGUUGGCCCCGAACUUUGGGGCUCAGAUUGUGUUUCGUUUCCUAGCCGGUUGCGCAGCGUCGACGCCGCUCGUGUGCUCUGGCGGUUCUGUGUCGGACAUGUUCAACAGUCUUGAGAAGACAUGGGGCUUUCCUCUCUAUGCCAUCGCAGCCUUCGGCGGUCCUAUGAUCGGUGCGGUUAUGGGAGCAUACAUUGGCCCCUCGACUCUUGUCUCUUGGCGGUGGACUGAAUGGACCAUGCUGAUCCUAUCGGCAGUCGUGGUCGUCUUGGUAUUACUCUUCAUGCCAGAAACGUAUGCGCCUUUGUUGCUUCAAUGGAAGGCAGAACACCUGCGAAGAAUUACUGGUGAUAACCGAUACCGCUCUGAGCACGAGAUCGUUGAGGCCACAUUGUUCAGCCGACUUAAGGUCAGCAUGACCCGGCCUUUCAUCAUGCUCACGGAGCCUAUCAUUAUGGCAAUGACACUCUACCUGUCCGUGGUGUACAUUGUUCUCUUCACGUUUCUGAUCGGCUGGCCCUGGAUCUUCGAAUACCCCUACGAGAUCGGACAGGGACUUAGCAAUAUCAUCUUCAUUUCCAUGUUCGUCGGGCUUCAGUUCACCUUUUUUCUUGUUCCAGUCGUCUAUCGCAUGACAGUCAAGCAAAUGAAGUUGGCCGAGUCGAGGGGCGAAGGGACUCAAUUUAACCCCGAAGUCCGCCUAUGGUAUGCCAUGCUAGGCUCUGCCCCAGCCAUCCCCAUUUCACUUUACUGGAUGGGUUGGACCUCUUCGCCCGACAUAUCCAUCUGGUCGCCGAUCUUGGCUGUCGCACUGUUCGGCUACGGAGUCAUGGGGAUCUUUAUCUGCGCUUACAUGUAUAUCAUCGACUCGUACGAGAUAUAUUCGGCAUCGGCCUUAUCAUUCGUGUCGCUCGUGCGGUACGUCUGUGCAGGAGGGAUGACGGUGGUGGGCAUACCGUUCUACAAGAACAUGGGCACACACUAUACCCUCACCAUCUUGGCGAGCAUCUCUUGUCUACUCGCUCCAAUUCCGUAUGUGCUGUACAAAUGGGGCCACUUACUGCGAAAGAGGAGCAAAUACGCAGUAUCGAGAGAAAUUUGA